UGUACAGGUAACAAGUUCUGGGUUUUCAAGGACACUACUCUCCAGCCAGGGUAUCCUCAUGAUUUGGUAACACUUGGAAGUGGAAUUCCUUCCCAUGGUAUUGAUUCUGCAAUUUGGUGGGAAGACGUUGGGAAAACCUACUUCUUCAAAGGAGAUAGGUACUGGAGGUACAGUGAAGAAAUGAGAUCCAUGGACCCUGGCUAUCCUAAACCAAUAACAAUUUGGAAAGGUAUCCCAGAAUCGCCUCAAGGAGCCUUUGUCCACAAAGAAAAUGGCUUCACAUAUUUCUACAAAGGAAAAGAGUACUGGAAAUUCAACAACCAGAUGCUCAGAGUGGAACCUGGCUAUCCCAGAUCCAUCCUCAAGGAUUUUAUGGGUUGUGAUGGACCAACAGAUAGAGACAAAGACCGACACAGCCCUCAAGAUGAUGUUGACAUUGUUAUCAAAUUGGACAACACAGCCAGCACUGUGAAAGCCAUAGCUAUUGUCAUUCCCUGCAUCCUGGCCUUGUGCCUCCUUGUCUUGGUUUACACUGUGUUCCAGUUCAAAAGGAAAGGAACACCCCGUCACAUACUGUACUGCAAACGCUCUAUGCAAGAGUGGGUGUGAUGUAGGGUUUUGGUUUUAUUUUUUUCUUUCCCUCCCAGGAGUUUGUGGUAACUUGAGAUUCAACACAAGAGCUGUUCUGCAGUUUCCUAGCUAGGAGCGGGCAUCUGUCAGUCUGAAACAAAGCUGAUCCUUAAAACCCUGGAGGUUGCCUGUCUCGCGCAUGAGUGGUGAUUCCUCAGCUGGGAAGCUUCCAUGAUACACAGUAUCUGCUGUUUCUUCAGUCCUUUGUCUUUCUUUGUCAUUCAAUUUAGGCCUUUCCUCUGCACACUAAACGCCAGAUAAACUAUCAGGAUUAAGUAAGGAAGAGGAAAAAACAAAAUCUCCAAUGUUUCUACAUUUUUCCCUUCAGGCCUGUUCCCCUCUGAAAAAUUUUCUGCUGAAAGUCAAUUUUUUUUUUAGAAAAAAAAAACCACAACAACUCACAGUGGAACUUUCAGGAAAGUGAGAAGACCCAAAACAGCUUUGUCUCCAAAGAGGAUUGCUUUCUGUCUGCAAUGGAUAAAGUCCUAUACUCCUACUUCCAGUUUUGUCAGGUGGGAGACCUGGAUAACAUGCAGGACUUCAGACUGUUCGGACAGCCAUUUUCCAACAAACAAGGGGCCAAAAUAUCUGCAAUAUAGUAACAGCCUUAAUAAUACAUUCAUUUUGUGUUUUAUACAGCUGCUCUGGGCUAUGUCCUCAAUGUUUUAAACUCAUUUAUAUUCAUCACUAUAUUCAAGUGGAAUCUUUUUAUUGGCUUGUUUGAUUUUUGGGUUGGUUUUCCUGCAUAAUCUUUCCCAAGCUGUACCAAGCCAACUGCCCCAGGCCUUUCACAGGUCUGUCAGGAGUACUCAUUCCAAUGCAUGGUGAAAAAGCAGUGUGUCUCUAAAGUGGAUUUCAGUGAACUAAAGUAACAGUGAUGCUAUAGAGAAACUUGACACUGGUAUUACUUUGGUGUAACCCUUUGAGAACUAUUGCAUCAGUUUUCAGAGUCUGUUGGAUGUUAAUCAAUUUAAUGUUGUCAUUAAAUUACAGGAUUGUGUUUGGGAAAUAGAAAUUUUAAAGGAAAAACAGUGGUGGUUUUUUUUGUUUUGUUUUCCUUUAACAGAUUUCCUGUGACUGCAAGUGAAUAUUUUUAAUUACUUGCAUUAUUGAUAGAAAAGCAUUUGUAACGUAAAGAGAAAGCUAUAUUUACCAGCUACUUUCUGGUUAAAGGAACCAAACCUGUUUUAAUAUCUUCUACCACUUACCAAGGAUUUUUCUGAACUGCUUACAGUUUUAUAGCCUAGCCUUUUAUCCUAAGCAUCUUGAAUUUCUCUUUUAAACUAUGUUGCAUGAUAAUUCAGUUUACCUCUGCAGAGAUAGAGUUACAGUUUCAAAGGAAAACUAAAAAGAUGACUCUGAUAUUGCAUGAGUACCUUCUGGCGUUCCCCUGCAUGUUCUCUAUAGUUCUCAAAGGGUUAGUCAAAUCUCUGGCCUUUAGCCAAACACAAUAUCAUUAAUAGAGCCAAGGGACCACCAAAGCAUUUUGUCAUUUUGUGUAAUUUGUGCGAACAGCAGUAUUGUCAUUUUCAUGUGACCUGCAGAGCGGGUUUGUAUCAAUAUUUUUUUCCUAGAGAAAAGUCAGCAACUGACAGACCUCUUUAUUGAUUUUUAGGAGCUGCUUCUUGCAGUGAUAGGCUUUACAGUCACUGGGCUGUGAACUUAUUAAAGAUGGUCAGAAUGAUGCACCCUAAAAGUCAGACAUCUGGUUUUUUAUGAAAGCCAGAAUUUGAGGGGAGUAGCUUUUGCAACAAUGAACAGCUUGCCUUGAACUUGAUUAUUGACCUGUUGACUGUCAUUACCAAGUUAAACAUUGUCUUCUGUGAACAGCUUCACUGUCUGAAUUUCCUUGAAGUGUACUGUCCUAUGUCUUUGCUCUUUGACCUUUAACUUGCUAACUGGCACAAACGGAAUGGAAUCUGGUGUUAAUGAACUAAGAUGAUUUAAUUUCUUAAAAGGCUUGAUGUACGUUAUCCAAAAUUAGAGAAGAAAUGCUGAAAUGUUUUCCUAGGAAAGAAAAGACAGAAACUGAAAUAUUUAUAAUAGAUCUGUAGAAGGGUAUUUUGCUAUGUAUACGUGCACACUCUAAAAAUGAAAUACAGUAUAAGUGAUUUUUUUAUUUAACUUGAAUACAAUUUUCCAUAUAAAAUUAUCAUUUCUACAAAUAGCUAGCUAUUAAUGAAAAGGUUAUAGGAAAGUAUUAAAAUACUUGAAAUGGCCAGUAUUGGCUUUUACAUAAAAUGAGACUUUUGUAUUACAUUCAGCCAAUUUCUUACUGGUUUCUUAAUUCACGUAACUGGAUCAUUUUUUAGAGAGUGUAGGUAUAUAUACAUAUAUAUUACGGUUAUUAUUAUUUUGGUAAUGGAUAGCUUGACUGCCUUGAAUUUAUAUUUAUAUUGAGCAUAGCAUGAAAAAUAGUAUGCCUUUUUGUUCAAUUACAUGAUUUUAUAUUGAUUUGAGAACUUAUUUUAUGAACAUGUGGCAUGCUAUGAAGCAUUGCAAAUUGUUAUUUCUUAGAGCAUAAACAGAUAUACAUAUGUAAUGGCUAACAAAAAUGAAGAUUAGAAAAGAAGAUAUAGUUUUACAGCAAAUAUGCAAUGCAGAUGGCAUUUUGGAGAUGUUUUGUAGAGAAACUGCAUACGGUAGGUUAGAAUUGCACCAGUAUCAACCCAUAGCAUUAUUUAGUAAAUCCAGUUCAGUUGUUGGUGAAAAUAUAUAUUAAUUCACAGUUAAAUAACAUAGGAUACUUACUGCACAUCAGCUCAUUUGGUGAAUUUGGGAUUCUGUGCCCGUUUGUUCAUUUUAUAUGGCUGCGUAUGUGUGCAUGCAUUUGGAUAUUUAUAAAUGCAUGCACACACACACGUACAUGCAUAUAUUAACCCAUUUUUUAUUGUCAACAAACUACUAUAUUUAUUUUCUGUUACAGACAGAACAAAUUGAUUCCUUACUUGUUCCAAUUUAGUCCCUUGGAUAGUUGGUGGAAAAAUACAAACACUACUACUUACUCCUCAUUUGGUUUUCCUUUAUUACAGGGGAACUGAUUUUAUCUUUAAGUAGAACAGCAUCACAUUUGUUUUUUAUUCACUUGAAACUUUCACUUAAGCUUUGAAGUAUCUUUCAUGUCAACUUUAACUUUUUGUGCAACUAUUUCCCUGAGAGUAAUGAAGUGCUGAGCAUGUUGACUGUUGUUUUUUUAUAAGGUAACCAAAAAUGUUUGCAUUUGGAGAACUUAAUUUUAAUUAUACAGGAAGGUAAGUGUGAUAAAUCUAGUGCUUGGUAUAUGGUACAUCAUAGAUACAUGAAUAUAUAAAUUGAUUGGUUUGUUUUACUCAAAAAUGAAUAAAUAUUGUAUACAGAGAAAGGGAAAAGUAAUAUUAUAUUGGUAUAUUCAUGUCAUACAGAGCAAGAUUGUGUCAGCAAUUCUCUUGUAUACUCCUAUUUUUAGUCAUAAAGGUUUGCUGUAAGUAAAACAUGUAGGAGCAAUUAUGUUCAGUGUAAUUUCCAAAAUACUUACUGGCUGACUUUAUGUUAUAGAAGUUCAGAAUAAAUUAGUGAUGUUACCUGAUUUAGUUUUGAACUCAAACAAGUAAAAGUUCUAAGACAAUGUUAUUUUUUAAACAGUUGUUUUUCUACCAGGGCCUAUAAUUAUGUGCACUAACAAAGGGAAAAUACCUUGAGUUCUGCAACCUGGGUUCCUGCUCAUGUGCCAUUACCUUUUUCAUAAACUUUUAAAUAAAAUUUUCCAUAUUAUUACUGUAACAAUCUGUACUGUGGAACAAUUCAAAAGUGAAUAUGCAUUGUGUUAAUCCAUUACAGUCUAUCGAGCUGGCUAUACAGGGUUGUGUAUCUUCAGAGUACUAUGGUCUGUGUGAUGAAGGAGGCCAGAGCAGAUGAUAGCAGCAUUUCCUCUGGCCUUUUAAUGUAUAAAACUAUGAAAAGGUUAUUGACUGUACACACAAAUUAAUUUUUAUCAGGAAAUGCAUUUUAAAAACCGAGUAUGUAUUUACUGGAUAGGCUGAGAUGGAGAGAGACUCUAAAUGGCUCCAGAGGAGCCAUUUCAAGUCUCCUGAAUAAAUGUAAUACAAAUUUUAUACCUUUGUAUGAACUUUUGUUCUUUUUCUGUUUUCAAAUUGGGGCAAAGGGAGGGAACAAUUGAAAAAAUAGGUAAAGGCUGACUUUAUGAAUGAAAGUUACAGAAAGUAAUAUACUCAAAUAGAAGGGGUAGACUUAUGCUUUCCUUUGGCAGUGUAUUUCACCACUCAAGACUCCUUUGCUCAUAAGCGCUGUUGAUUAAAAAUAGUAUAUAAGACUUAAUUUUUAAUUUUCAGCUUUUUUUCUGCUUUAUUUCACAAUCCCAUUGUCAGUUAAAUUUAUUUUUUGGCACCAAAUUAUAUAUAAUUGAAUUCUAGCUCAUUGGUUAGAAAAGUGUGUAGGGUGCAUAGCAGUAGAAGCACUAAAUUUCCUAUUUUUGUUUGUUUGUUUUGAAUUUGAGCCAUUGCUAGUGCAACACUUGAAAAAGACACAGAGCAAAUUGAAUGGUGAAUGUUCCAGUAAUUGCAUUUUCAAGAAAGUAGAAAUGCAAGCUAUCAUUCCAUUAGCAGACUAAACUGGAGAUAACACAAGGAGAUGAAUAACAAUAUGAUUGCAGGAGCUUGCACUGUCCUGGCUCACAUACCUUCUCAGAAUGAGGCCAGAGUUUUAUUACCAAUUGCAGAGGUGGAGGAAGUCAUGUGCUAUAGCAUUAGGAUAUUUGAUGCGGCCGUUACAGGACAGUAGUUCCUUGUCACCAUUUCUUGUUGUCAGGACUGUCUUUGGAAAGCUCUAUUUCCAGAAGUGUAAAUAAAUGACUGCAGCCUUAUGAGCCAUAAGAAAAAUCAUUAUUAUCACUGAAAGGAAGAGAAGUCACUGGCCAGCUCAGUGUCCAGCUAUGUUCUAAAUAAAUAAUAUUGUGUGUGAGUCAAGGAGCAGAUAACCUGUUACUGAAUACAAUGCUAUAGCACAGAUAAACCAGCGCUGUAACAUUAAGUAUACUUCCUUAGCUCACAGACUACUGACUGCAGAUAGCGUGGUUCAAAUAAGACAAGUGUUUAAACAUAUGUCAGUUACACAACCAGGUGUAAAUGAACCAUAUAACAUAUAAUCAUAAAAUUAAUGUUUCUGGUUUAUACAUGUAAAUUAUUGAAUUGUCUGUCAAUGAUCUCAUGAAAAAAAUAAUGUGUGAGUCCAAUCUAUAUAUCCACUCUUGUGACUUGUCAUCAGAGAUGUUAGAAACUGGUAGAGAACAAUAUUGUCAUCAGUGCCAUGAAUGCUGAAAGUGUCUGAUAGCAGAUCAUCCCUUAGUGUAGUCUGGCUCCAUCUGAUCUAAGGUAGACUCUAGUGUUAGACAGUAUAGAUUCUGUAUGAUAUGAUACUUGAUAUAUGUAUAUAACUAGGAAAGCACAAUGAUAAUCAUGAGUUCAUUUUUGGAAGGAUCAUCAGUGUGUGACCACAGCAAGCAUUUGUUCUCAAAAUUACAAAGUACAUAGAUAGCAUUGAACAUAUAGCAGGUUUUGUUACUCAGUAUUCAUAAGCUUUAGCAUAUCAUCUACAAAUUAUAUUCAGUUUGUAGUUGCAGCUGCCUGUUAUGUUGUUGAGAUAUGACAUUCUGGAGGAUGUGAGAGUAUGGUGGCUCUGUGGAUAGAGCUUUAAGUAUUACUUUGGUUUGCUCACAGUGUAGUUGAAAUAAAUUUUAAAGACAGAUAAGAUAUAAAUGAAGAAAUGUUGAUUCAAACUAGAAUACUAAAGAGAAUUUUCUGCACUUGGAUGUGCAUGCAGCAUGGUGCUGCUUGCUAUUACAUAAAACUACAUAAAUACUAACCAGUACUUGUGCAGCCAUUCAUUACGGCACAACGCUUUCCAGUCACACAGCAUGGUUUCCUCUGCUUCUGUAAAAUCACACUGUCCACAGCUGAUGAUUAUAAUAGCCACUACGUAAAGCAAAGUUUUCCAUUUAGCUAACAGCCAUCUCUACCCUAUGAAAUUGCAUCACAUCCUUUUUACAACUACACACUUAAUCUUCUUGGCAAGCUCUCAGCAUGUCUUAAUUCAUAGUCUUCCAUGCCCCAGAAGAAAAAAAAAAUUUUUUUUUGCUUUUGCAGUAAAAUAUAUACUGAGCAUUCUCUUCAUUUUGCCAUCUGGCACUGACACAUUAAAUAAUCAAUUUUACUUUGUGCCAUGCACAUGUUCUGGAUCAUCCAUUUACCCAUCCAUCAUUCUGGGAACUGGGUUUCGGGGAAGUGGGAUUAACAACAGAAGGCUGGUAUAAAAUAUCUUCCUGCAGUAACUGCUCAGACCUCAAAAAUAUGACAGCAGAGUUUGAAGAGUUUUUAGAGAAGUAUUAUAUUACUUAUGCAGCGGUAAUGGCACAUGGUAACUGUGCCAAUCAGUGCAUGUUGAGACAGGUUCACCACUUACAGAGACUAGUGUGUUAAAUCAGAAAAUGAUGUUUCUAAACUAUGUUACCAUUCUCACAUGCUGGGAUAGUUUUAAACUUGGUCUCCGUAUGUUUUUAUGACUCACAUGGCUGUAAAUAAAGUUAUAAGUUUUGUGGAACUGACAGUGCUUAGGGUUAGCAUGCAGUGAGUACUAACUCAUGUAUAAGAUGUGAAAAAUCUUUGGUUCCCUUACUAUAAUUGCACAGCCUCAAAGAGGAAAAAAAGGAGGUUGGUCAGUAGUGUAAAAUGAUGGUUUAAAAUAUUCUUUAAUUGUCAGUGUUAAUAAUUACAUUAUAUUACAUAUAGCCCAAAAAAGCUCUUUUGUACAGCUGAUAUAUUUGAGUUGAAAUGCACAGCCCCAUAUUUAUUUAGGCAUGCAGUGAGUCUAAACAGAGAUGCAUAUAUUACAUAUGCAUUGCUUGCCUAUUGCCAUAAAACAGACAGUGCACACAUACUGAUCAUCUUCAUAUUUUAUGGGGUCACUAUGUUCAAGUCAGGUCUGAGUAGUUUGCUUGAAUAUAAGCAGAGGAAAUUGGUACUUGUGAUUAAGUGUGUUUAGAAGACAUCAUCAGCAACGUACAGCACUGUUUUAGAUGAUCACUACAAAAUACAGUUCAUACCCACAACACAUAGCUUUGGCUUGUAUUUGCAUAAUUGUGUUUUACCUUAAAUAAUGACAUCUAUGAACUCAGGCCAUGAAAAAUGAGAUGGUUGAAAAUUAAUAAAAAAUCUAUCAGGACAUCAAUCGUUAAUACUCAACUCACAGGUAUACCUGAGGUUCCUAUACCCAAUACAAUUUAAUCUUGACUAGGAAUCCAGUAGUGAAGGAAUGUGUGAUGAUGUGAAUAAUCUAUUCUCAGUUCUUGCAGUGUAAUGCAUUUGGUGAAAUAUUGUCAACUAAGUAUAUUACUAACAUCCAUCCUUUGUGUGUUUCUGAAACCAAUUGACAUCUCUUGCCAAUUCAUGCUUAUGAGUUUGUACUUACAGUGUCAUUCACUAUUACUAUCUUUCUGUGUCUGAAUGAAAACCAUUUUAUAGGAUAGAUCAAGGACUAUGAACCUCCCUUCUUAUCGGACAAGUUGCAAAGGCCAUCAUCUGCUAUCAAUGUGCAUUGCUUUGAAGAGGGUUGUCCUUGGAUUACAGUGAAGACAAAUGCAGAUUUUAGGACCACACCAUUAAAAUCUUUCUCAGAGGAAACUUAGAUAAGUAAAGAACUGUCUUACCACCAAUUUUAAAAUCCACAGGAGAGCCAACCAGGCCUUUUGAUCAAAGACAACAGAAAGACACAUAAAAAGCAGUGGAAGGGCAUUUCUGUUUUUCAUUUCUAGAAUAAUGUAAGAGAAGGGAUGAAAACACUUUGGUUCUUAAUUGAAAGUGCAAAAACAAAUGGGCAGAAUGAACAAAAGAUGACUGACACCACAGAAAAUUGCAUGUAUCCACUACCUUAGUUACUGAAAUUAAAACAGGAGAGAUAUUAUCAGGAAUUUGAUGAUAGCUUUUAAAGUAUUAUUGAUUUCCCAAAAGAAUACUCAUUAGACUCUAGAAAGUCCAUUGAAUUCUGAAUUUGAUGUCACUGCCCACUAUACAGCAGGCAACCAAAAAGGCUCCUCAGUACAGUUGCUCUAAAUCUCACUACAAAUACAGAGAUAUAGCACUCUACUUAUCUGUAGCAAUUGUAAAUUUGAGAAAGGAUUACUCAAAGCAGAAGCAUUCUGAAUCGAUACUGAAAAGUUAUCACAACGAAAUGUUCUUAGCUUUUUUUUUUUUUUCUAAAAAUUAGAACCAACUAGUUAAUUGUCAUUUGAAGAACUGCCGGAUGAGACAUGAGCAAAAAGAAGCCUUUCCUUACAUUAGUCCAAAUUCUGUUACAUAUCUCCAUAAUCUCUCAGUCCUGAAGCAUUUGAUAUAAUAGAAACAAAACUAUGACCUCUGGACUGUCCAUAUAUUAUUUAUUUAUUUAAAUUGAUAAAUAACUUCAAUCUUCUGAUCCCUCUCCCCUUCUUUUCUUUUUUACUUUUUCCACUGUGCCUUGACAUGUUUUCUGGCUGAUCCAAUUUGUAAUGUAUUUUGAUCUUAGUAAGCAGGUCAGAAAUGGUCUAUUUACUCUACAAACAAAAGAAAAAAGAAGUUGUACAUCUCAUUAAUCAUGUAAAUUUUUACAUGCAGCUUUUUUGUCUAUGGUGAAAAGGUAGUGUCUUCUAAAAAAGAUGUCAUUUUCACAUUUGAGGAAUGUAGUAUGUAUCUUUCACUAAAUCUUGUUCAUUAUCCAGUCCCUUAAUAGCUGAAUUCCAUGUUAUUGACUUCAGAUUUCUGAAUUCUCUGACAUCCAUUGACACAGCCAUCCUUUAACUCUUUUAAAAUGAUGUGACACAGCCAGCACUGAUCAUCAUAGGAUCCAUAUUUGCGUCUCAUGGCUGUUCCACUGGUAAUUUGUACAAUAAUAUAACAACAAUUUACAUUCAUGCUUUCUGUGUGAGAUGAGCAGUCUAGAAAUCUGUGUUUUUUUAAUGUUUUGGUAUUAUUUGCAGUGGUUCAAAUUUAUCUUUAACUUUUUCUCU